AUGUUUAUCUCUUGCGCGCUCCUCUUCUUCCUCCCUGGCGCUCGGUCGCUUCUCUCUGGUCUCCACGCGCACCGCGUCCAGCUCCCUCCUCCAGCUGUGUCUGCUGCUCGCCCCAGCCUGGAGCUUCGCUCGGCUUCCAACUCCGGCGCCCGGCCGAGCUCCCUGCUCCCACUCUUUAUCACUUUAUAUGGUUGGAGCCUGGAGAAUAUGCACCAGGGCUAUCCCAAAGAAACACUUGUGCGUUUCCUUAAGGCUAGAGAGUGGAAUGUAGCAAAGGCUCAUAAAAUGAUUGUAGAAUGUUUGAAUUGGAGGAUUCAAAAUGAAAUUGAUAGUGUGCUCGAGAGGCCUAUAGCCCCAGUAGAUUUAUACAAAUCAAUACGUGAUUCACAACUUAUUGGCCUGUCACGAUACACAAAGGAGAUUCUUCUGUACAACUUCGAUGGUGGUACAAUUUGUUCAGUGGUUAUUUUGAAAGAAUGGCUUGGCAUCCAUCGCGUCGCUGCUGCUGAAAUAUCUAAAGGUCUCCCAAUUUUUGGCAUUGGUGUUGGGCAUAGCACAUAUGACAAAGCUUCGGUAAUUACUCUGAUGCUUGCUAUUUGUUUGGUAGGCUAUAGCUACAGCCAAAAUCAUAAAAGUGCCUGGUUUGAAGCUAUCAGCACUAAGCCAAAUAAAGGAUUCCGGCUCUCAUCAAGUGACUCCCCCUCAUGUUGACUUUGCGGAUGUCUCAAUUCUAGUGGUGGAGCUACGAACAACAAUCCGAUGUCCUGAUCGAGAGCGAUGGAGUUAAUGUUUGAACUUGUGUGUUUGAACUUGUGAACUAAAAAUGUGAACUAUGGAUGUGAACUUAACUUGUGUGUUUGAACUUGUGAACUAAAAAUGUGAACUAUGGAUGUGAACUUGUGUGAAUUUGUGAACUUAUGUAUUUGGACUUAUGUGAAUUUGUGAACUUAUAUAUUUGGACUUGUGUGAAUUUGUGAUAUGAACAUA